AUGAAGCCCUCGUCCUUGGUCGUCGUGGACAACGGCGCACAUACUAUCAAAGCUGGCGUGGUCGGCACCCACGGUAUUAAUCCAAGAAUCGUUCCCAAUGCUAUCGUCCGUUCGAAAGGAGACAAGCAAACGUAUAUUGGACAUGAAUCAGACAAAUGCAGCGACUUCUCAUCUCUUCAUUACCGUUUGCCGUUUGAGAAGGGGUUCCCUGUUGACUGGGAUGCUCAAAAGGCCAUAUGGGAUGGAAUGUUCUCAAAUGAAGUUUUGGGGGUUGACACCACCGACGCUUCCCUUCUAAUAACCGAGCCUUACUUCAACCUCCCGAACAUACAGGAAGUAUACGACCAGUUCGUAUUUGAGGAAUACGAUUUCCAAUCCUACUAUCGUUGCACUCCUGCCUCCCUCAUUCCUCAUGGCAACUUGUAUGGUCCACCGGGACCUGAACCGCCGGAAUGUGUCAUCGUGAUAGACUCUGGCUUCAGUUUCACACAUGUGGUUCCCAUCAUGAAUAAUUCUAUCAUAUGGAAUGCGGUCAAGAGAAUAGAUGUUGGUGGAAAGCUCCUGACUAAUCAGCUGAAGGAGCUCGCCUCUUUCCGACAGUGGAACAUGAUGGACGAGACGUAUAUUGUGAACGACAUCAAGGAGUCCUGUUGUUAUGUCAGCUCAAACUUCAGUAGAGACCUAGAGAUCUGUCGUGUCGACCCCAGACGUAAUGCCAUCGUGCAGGAAUACAUCUUGCCAGACUUCUCAAUCAAUCGUCCUGGGCGUGUUAGACAGCCUGGCGACACUUUAAACGAUACAGCACAGGUGAUGUACAUGAAUAACGAGAGAUUCACAGUCCCAGAAAUUAUCUUUCGCCCCGAUGAUAUUGGAUUGGAGCAGCCAGGCAUCGCCCAAACAGUUGCAAGAAGCAUUGCCCUUCUGCCCGAAGACCUCCAAGGCAUGUUUUGGGCACACAUAAGCGCCGUUGGUGGAAAUACGAAGUUCCCUGGAUUUAUUCAGCGUCUGUAA